UUAGGCCUCUCCUCCCCUCCUCUUGGUUCCCCCACCACACCAUUCUUUUUUAUACCAAAACACCACCACCCCAAUCCCCACCUUCUUCGUCGUUGUCUUUGCCUUUGCCUUUGCCUUUGCCUUCUGGUGGUGCCAUCAAGUCAGAAUGGACCCCAACGAGCUUAAACGCGUGUUCCAAAUGUUUGAUCGCAAUGGGGAUGGGCGGAUCACCAAGCAGGAGCUCAAUAACUCUUUGGAGAACUUGGGAAUCUUCAUCCCGGACAAGGAGCUCUUCAACAUGAUCGAGAAGAUCGAUGUGAACGGAGACGGGUGUGUGGACAUUGAUGAGUUUGGGGAGUUGUACCAGUCUAUCAUGGACGAGCGCGAUGAGGAGGAGGAUAUGAAGGAGGCAUUCAAUGUGUUUGAUCAAAAUGGAGACGGGUUCAUCACUGUGGAUGAGUUGAGGUCGGUUUUAUCGUCCCUCGGGCUUAAGCAAGGGAGGACUAUAGAGGACUGCAAAAGGAUGAUCAUGAAGGUGGAUGUGGAUGGAGAUGGAAGGGUCAACUACAAGGAGUUCAAGCAAAUGAUGAAGGGAGGUGGGUUUAGCGCAUUGAGUUAACAAAAAUGCAUUAUUAUUUGCUUAGUUUUUUUAGAUGGGGGAUUGGGAAUGGAUGAGUCUUAAAUCUUAACUGGAUGUGUAAAUACUUUUGACGAAGUACACAAAAGAAAUGAGUAGUGAUUGUGAUCAAAUGUUGGGGGUCACAUGGUACGAUUCAAAUCCUCGAGGGUGUACGUGGCCUAGCGGCAUUGGCAAAUUGAGGCCGGGAGUGUGUGCAACCGCAGCAGGGUGGGGCUCCGGUGAAGCCUAUGGCUUGGGCAUAUGUUGUUGUUGUUGAUGUGUUUCGGAACGAGAGAGGUAAUAUCUGUGGGACAAAUCUUGGGAGGGGCGGAAUAGGAGGGCAUAGAAUUGAAGUUGGGGAACUUUAUUUUCACCAAAAUUGUAUGCAUUUCAUUCUUU